ACUGAGUCACUCUCUUGGCUUUCCUCUUCAGAAAGAAAGAGAGAGAGAGGACGAGAGAGAGAACAAGAGAGAAAGAGGAAGAGAAGAGAGAGAGAACAAGAACAAGAAAAAGAGUGAGAGAGAGAGAGAGAGAGAGAGAGAGAGAGAGAGAGAGGGAGAUAUAACAAGAGCGAGAGGAAGAGAGAGAGAACAAGAGAGAGAGAGAGAGAGAGAGAGAGAGGGAGAUAGAACAAGAGCGAGAGGAAGAGAGAGGGAACAAGAGAGAGAGGAAGAGAUAGAGAAGGAGAGAGAGGAAGAGAGGGAGCUUUCUCUGGUGAGCUCUUUCUUCUCUUUUCUUUCACCCCUUGUUUAGUGUGUGUGAGAGAGAGAGAGAACAAGAGAAGAAGGGAGGUUUCAAAACUUGAAUAGCUUUAAUUUGGACUGUAGUAUUUCUCUUAGCAGAGUGGAGCUGCCUGAUUCAGGUGAACGAGACUGUAUUUCUCUGUGUGGACCGUAUAGUACCGCUGGGCUAACCAUGUCAGAGAGCAUCGUUAGGAAGAUACAACCCUUCACCAUAGGAACCAGGCUCUCCGUCUCUGGACCUGCCACCAGGUCUAAAGGUCCAAACUUCCCCCAGAGGCCGUCCUGGCAGAGCGACCGGGUCUCCCUCUACCUCAGCCAGGUGCAGGUGAGUGUGGCUACUCCUCAUCUAGCUCCCCUUGCUAACCGGACCACCCCAACAUCUGUACCUGUUAAACAGCAGCAGGAGGACAUAUCUACCCAGGACCACCGGAACCAGAAUACCAUGUCUGUGUCUCCCAACUCUCACCGGAGCUCUGUCUCUCCUACCGCCACAUCCAGAUCCAUCAGCAAGAUCACCAUCUCUGGGAGCCCAGAAGACAGCUCCUGGAGGAGACAGGAGGAGUCAGACCACAGGGUGGUCAUUGAGAAGGAGGACAGCUCCUGGAGGAGACAGGAGGAGUCAGACCACAGGGUGGUCAUUGAGAAGGAGGACAGCUCCUGGAGGAGACAGGAGGAGUCAGACCACAGGGUGGUCAUUGAGAAGGAGGACAGCUCCUGGAGGAGACAGGAGGAGUCAGACCACAGGGUGGUCAUUGAGAAGGAGGACAGCUCCUGGAGGAGACAGGAGGAGUCAGACCACAGGGUGGUCAUUGAGAAGGAGGACAGCUCCUGGAGGAGACAGGAGGAGUCAGACCACAGGGUGGUCAGUAUAGGACCAGGACCGGGACGACCCCAUGUCACAGGAACUCCCGGAUCAGAAAACAUCAACAACAACAACAACAACAACAACAUCAGCAGCUCCAAGCAACAGCUGCCCAGAAUAGUGGGAGUCAGCUGUGAGAACCAACCCAGCUCACAUAUUAAGGACCAUGGCAGCAUGUUUGGGUUCCUACAGACGUUGGGGCCCAGAGCAAGGUCCCCAAGGAAAGACAGAGAUGCUGAGACAGUAGUGGUACCCCAGAAUGACAGCUACACCCAACGCACUUCCCUCUUUAACCAGGAAGUACUACAGGAGGGUAGAGGGUUAAUCAGAGCCCAGCACCCCGGCAACUCUAAGAUCCAGGACUUCUUGAUUCGGCUGGAGGAGUUAUGGGAGGAGCUAAGGAGACGACAUCACAGGAACCAGUUCUACCUACAGGCAGGGGAGGAGAUGAGCUUUAGGACAGUGCAUCUCCUUCAGGCCUUGGGUAGUAUAGAAGCCUGGUUGGAGGCAGCAGAGCUGUCCAUGUUGAACUCCCAGCUGGCAGGAGACCCAGAGACCAUGAGGCUGGCUGAGAGAGACAGCUGCCUGCUCCAGACAGAGAUGUCCUGCCGGGGAAUGGAGCUAACAGCACUCAGACAGGAGAUGGACAGGCUGGGUGGUCAGCGGGAGGGUCAGUGCCCAGGAUACCCCAACACUGAGGGCCUCCUGGUGCCACAACACCACACACAGGUCCUCCCAGAUCUUAUGGACCAGGUGGAGAGAAAGUACAAACGUGUCCAGACCGCGUUGACCCAGCAGAGUUCGUCGCUGCAGGACACCAGGAUGCUGACAGAGUUUCUGGAGCGCGUGGAGCUAGAGGAGAGGGUGGAGCUAGAGGAGACCCAGGAGGCCAGGGGGAGGGCCUACAGCAGUAACCUUGGACAGCCUCUAAACAGUGAGAUCAGCUCAGCUCUUACCCUGCUGGGUGAUGGGGGUGGAAGCGGUGGUGGGGAGCCCCUGAUGGAGCCGCUGGGAAACCCUGUAGAAGAGCUGCAGGAGGCAGUGGAGAUGUUGAAUGACACGGUCAGAGAGAGAGGACGAUCACAGAAUCACAUCCAUGAUCAAGCCAUCCAGACUAUGAUCCGACAGCUGGCUGUGCUGUCAGUACGUGUGGAGGACAGUCUGUGCUGCAGUAGAGAGCUGAACCAGGAACUCCUACAGAGAGAGAAAGACAUGGCCAUGCGCUGUGAACCAAAAGAAUGUGGACUAGAGGGACUGAAGGAACAGCAAGACCACCUAGAGGUGAAUUAUGCUGUGCUGAAGGAAGAGGUGGAGGAGCUCCAGAGACAGACUGGUUAUCUGGAGGAGCUAUGCCCAGAUAGAGUGACCUUCCUGGGGGUGGAGGUGCAGGGAGCCCUGGGGGUAUGGAGGGAAUUAAGGAGGAACGUAGAGGGGAACAGAGACAGAUUACGACAGUUUGUUCACCUGCAGGACUUCUUCAGGACCUACCUGGCCAUGAUAUCGUGGAUGGAGGACACCCGGGAGUGUAUUUUCUCUGAGAGAGUGUUGCAUUGUGGGAGGGAUGACCAGGAGCCAAUGGCUGUGGAGAUGGAGAUGGACGUCCAGAUAGACAGGAAGUUGGAGGAGUUGGAGGAGCUCGAUGCUGCAGGGAGGAACCUGCUGAACGCUGAGCACCACCUGGCCAACAUGAUCCAUGAGCGUCUGGAGGAGUUGAGGUCCAUGCUGGGAUGGAUGUUGGUCCACUGGAGAGACCAGAAACACCAGAGGAGUCAACGCAGGAAUAACGAGACUGAACCUAAUGAAGAUCUUAUCGACUCUGAGCCCCCAACAGAGCAGACUCCUGGAGAUAAUAUCUACUCAGAGACCACAGUAGAGUCCACUAGAGACAACAUCUACUCAGAGACCACAGUAGAGUCCACUAGAGAUAAUAUCUACUCAGAGACCACAGUAGAGUCCACUAGAGACAACAUCUACUCAGAGACCACAGUAGAGUCCACUAGAGACAACAUCUACUCAGAGACCACAGUAGAGUCCAUUAGAGACAACAUCUACUCAGAGACCACAGUAGAGUCCACUAGAGAUAAUAUCUACUCAGAGACCACAGUAGAGUCCACUAGAGAUAAUAUCUACUCAGAGACCACAGUAGAGUCCACUAGAGACAACAUCUACUCAGAGACCACAGUAGAGUCCACUAGAGACAACAUCUACUCAGAGACCACAGUAGAGUCCAUUAGAGACAACAUCUACUCAGAGACCACAGUAGAGUCCACUAGAGACAACAUCUACUCAGAGACCACAGUAGAGUCCACUAGAGACAACAUCUACUCAGAGACCACAGGAGCAGAUAUCAACACCGAUGAUACAGCCUGCUCCACCCACAGUACCCCUGCUCAGCCAGAGACCCACUUUACCUCUGCACUGAGUGUCUUUGAGGACAGACUGACGAAAAUAGACAGUCUGUACUGUCCCGCAACAGACCAGCAUAGUUGGAAGGACCAAGAGGAUGGCUAUCAGGUGAUGAACAGCAACACAGGGCCUCUAAGGGGUCUCACCUAUCCCCCAGAGACCCACCAAUCCCCCUGCCUGGUCUUAAAAGAGCCCAGCAGCCCAGCCCUCUGCCUGGUGGGCACCAUGAGCCUAGGGGGCACCUCAGUCAACAGCACCCCUAAGGUUAGGCUGGGGGGGCAGGGGGUUAGCUUGGUGGGCCAGGGGGUUCGCCUGGGGAACCAGGGGGGUAUGGUCUACCUAGGGGGCACCGUCAAGAACAGCCCUACCCUCAGCCUUGGAGGCAGUGUGGACCUGGGGGGUACUGUCAAUCUCAUCCUCAGCUUGGGGAACCAAGGAGACAGUCAUGUGGAGGUGAUGGAGGCUAAUCCUAGGGUGGGUGAGGAGGAGAGCACAGAGUCUGUCCUCAGGGACAACAACAUGACAUCAGCUCCUGCAUACGAGAGUAUUUUACUGCCCCGCCUCCACACCAAGACCUCCUCCUCUUCAUCCCCCUCCUCCUCUGGGGCUCCUCAAUCUUGCGUCUCUUUCUCCUCCUCCCUGCCCAAGAACACCUCCAUCUUCUCUAGUCUGAAGAUAAGGAGCAAGAAGAGGAGAAGGAAGAGAGACGCUGGCCAGCACACCAUUCAGAAAAUCAUGGUUGUAGAGGGGGAGGAGCAGACAGAGGUGGCAUGUCCUGCUGAAGCUGCACCCCAGCAAAUCACGCUGUACGACACCCAGACCUGGCCAAUGAAGGAGGGCCAGAGGAAGAAGAAGAGCCUAUUAAAGGCCGAGGGGGUGGGGCCAGGGCAGGGGGUGGAACUCGUGGACUACAUGGAUAACCCAUUGGCCAGGGAUAUUGAAGAUGAAUGUUCUGGGGACUCCACUGUCAGCCCCUAUGCAGUGACAGAGGCAGUCUCUAUAGCUCCACCCAGGGGCCAGGUGAGGAGCCACUGCAGGUUCCUGUCUCUGGGGUCUGUUUUGACCUUCGACCUCUCCAAAGACAUGAGGUUGGUCCCCAGUAUACAGGAUGUCAUCACUAUAGGACUCCCAGAACACAGGGGAACCCCCAACCCAAACCUCAAUCCCAACCCUCACACAGAGACACAUGCAGCCCUCAGCUCUUUCAAACACACCCGCUCCCCUCCCUCAGACACGCACAGAGCACCAGACAAUGAGGCCGUCACUACUUACAGAUAUGAAACAAUGACACAGAUACAGACACAGCCAUUACUGACACAGAUACAGACACAGACACAACCACUACUGACACAGAUACAACCACUACCGACACAGACACAACCACUACUGACACAGACACAACCACUACCGACACAGAUACAACCACUACCGACACAGACACAUCCACUACCGACACAGACACAACCACUACCGACACAGACACAACCACUACUGACACAGACACAACCACUACUGACACAGACACAACCACUACUGACACAGAUACAGACACAGACACAACCACUACCGACACAGACACAACCACUACUGACACAGAUACAGACACAGACACAACCAUUACUGACACAGAUACAGACACAGACACAACCACUACCGACACAGACACAACCAUUACUGACACAGAUACAGACACAGACACAACCACUACCGACACAGACACAACCACUACUGACACAGAUACAGACACAGACACAACCACUACCGACACAGACACAACCACUACUGACACAGAUACAGACACAGCCACUACUGAGACAGACACUGACACAAAUACUAAAACAGACAAAGCCACUGACACAGGCUGUUCAGCUGGAGCCUCUGUCUAAUCUAGAUACAGAUUUUCCUCCUCCUCCUCCUCCUGCCCUGGAUGAGGACUGGGAUCAGAACGUAUCAAGCAAUGACCUAUCCCUAUCACAGAUCCAGACCGUACUCCAGGAGCCUGAGCAGGAGUGGUCGGACCUCAUCUUCAGCAAGCAGCCACCAAUCACAGCUUAUUGCCCAAAGAGUCCCACUCCAAUGAACCGAGACCAUUACAAUUACAUGGAAACGACCAUGGUUAAUAGAAGUCCCAUUGUAAAGAGCAAGGACCCCUGUCCCUCCUCAGCCUAUCAGAACCAUGAGCGCAAUGACCCCUGUCCAUCCUCAGCCUAUAAGAACCAUGAGAGCAAGGACCCCUGUCCCUCCUCAGCCUAUCAGAACCAUGAGAGCAAUGACCCCUGUCCCUCCUCAGCCUAUCAGAACCACGAGUGCCUCAUUCAGGACCUCAAUGGACACCAGUACCAUCAUAGGUUGAAGACCCAUAGAGAGAGUGUUGACCUCCAGGAGACCAGCCAGGCUUCUCAGAUGGUUGUGAAUCUGAAGGUCAGUGGGUUAGGGAGUAUGAUGCAAGACUAUAUGGACUCUGGCAUCUCUGGUGUCUCCAACUCUGGGAGCUUGAAGCUCAAUGCACCUGAUGUUCUCCAAGAGCCCCAGCCCAUGAGGACUGUGGUGGAGAGGCUAGUGUCUCUGGAGGAGGGGCGUAUGGAGGCUGUGUCCACACCCAGGGAAAAUCCCACAGCAACCCCAGCUCCUGCCCACCCAGAGACAAAAACAACACCCAGAAACAGACACCACCAGACAGAGACAGAACUCGACUCUGAUCCGGUCGACCCUGACCUCACCAUCCAUCCAGACCACCAGCAGUUUGAGGAGGUAGAGGAGGAGCUGGAGGACAUCUGGAACCAUAGCAAUGGCUACAGACAGAGUAUCUCCUCUGACAUCAUGUACCAGCCACACCAAGAGGAGGAGGAGGGGGGAAGUAGCAACACCCCAGGACUGACCACAGACCCCCUCUUACCCCCCCAGGCCCAGCCCCAGGCUACCCCCUACAGAAAGCUGAUAACAACCUCUACCCCUAACCUGGUGGCUGAAUUCAUGCUCCCCUCCUCCCUCCAAACCCUACUGGGGUACAACCAGGACCAGAACCAGGACCAGGUCUUUAGCCAAGACCCUAACUCCAGAGAAGAGCUCCCUAUGCUGGCUAACAGAGACAUGAGGUCCUGGGCAGCUUUCCCUAUUCAGGACCAACCCUGGAGGACCACAGCGCUGGUCAAUGAAACGGCAGCAGAACCAGUCAAGCUACCGGAAAUGGAGGACCAGAAGAGAUACAUCUACCAGUAUAGAGAGGAGGAGGAAGAGGAUGAGGAGGAGAAGAUGGAGGACACAGGUUGUCCAAAGGACCCAUCAAUGAGUCUGCUGUCUGUCCACAUGGGUCUGCACGGAAACAAUCAGCGAGCUUCAAGUUGUGGCACUCUGGAAGGUGUAAUGGAAAAGCAUGGAGAGAGUCUGGCCACAGGGGGGCGAUGUGGCACUAUGAAUGGGAGUGGGUCUGAGCUGCAGACGAUGGAGGGGACUCUGGAGAGGAAACACAAGCUGCAGCUGGGAGGGAAGAAGGCCAGGUCUCGAGCAUGGAGUUCCCAUCAUGCAGUGCUUUACAAACAGACACUCUGCUUCUACCAAGACAGAAAGGAUACACUGAGGAACUGUGUGUGUGGCCUGUCUCUAACCCUGACGGGAGCAGAAUGUGUCUCAGCCCCAGAGAACACUAAGAAACCACAGUGUUUCAGUCUGCGCUUAAGAGACGGCUCAGAGUACCUCCUCAACACAGCAAACCGAUUCAUGAUGAAGAAAUGGAUGCUGAAAAUACAAGCCAACAGUGUGCCCAGUGAGCAUGUCUCCUCCAUGAUGUCACCCAGCGACCUCUUGGUUCAGGACCCCCCCGCCCCCAUCACCACCUCUUUCCUCUCACAAAGUACCAGCACAGGGACGGCCAGAGCCAAGGAGAUAGUUGUCCUGAACAGAGAGACCAGAGAGACUCACCGUCAGAUCCCUCAGCUGCACCCAGAGAAACAGCAGGACCCAACAUCCUCAUCACAUACAGGCCGUAGUGAUAACUAUUACUCCCUGAGACAUAAACUGUGUGGUAGAUCCAGGGAGAACAGCCCUUCCUCCUUGCACUCCUCCAUCUCUCCUUUCUCCCUCCACAACUCCUCCUCCAUCCCUCCAUUCUCCCUCCACUCCUCUGUCUCUCCUCCUUUCUCCUCUGUCUAUAGUGGUGGUCAGGACUGGCUCAGUCAAGUGAACAAGUGUCACUCAUUUACCUCAGCAAGGUACCAGAAUAUUAAAGCAGCGCUGCUGCCCCCAGGAGGCAGAGGCCGGGACUACGGACCAGUGGGUCUGGACUGUGGGUCAAACUACUCCGUGACUUUGAUUAUAGGAGACAAGCAGUCUGCCGCCUCUCCCACUCUCAGUUGUGAUGGUCGUGGUCCAUCUAUCACCAGUCACACUGACCCACAGCGCCCCCUGCUGGAUGGAUGGCAGCACCACUCAUAUCAACAGGACUCUACUACAAGAAGGCAGCUUCACCAGCACCAAGCAAUGUACCACCACGACCAGGAACCAUCUCUGAGGUCCUGCACCGGUCUGCCUCCGCCACGCAAGAAGUCUGUCUUCAACAAGUUCUUUGGGAAGAAAGACUGAAGCUGUUAUCAAUCAAUCACAUAUUUCUCUUACCUUUCUUUUGGUAUUUUCUUAAAACUGCAUCAUCGUUGGUUAAGGGCUUGUAAGAAAGCAUUUCACUGUUGUAUUCGGCGCUUGUGAGAAAUGAAAUUUUAUUUGAUAUUUAUGAAGUCCUUUUUUACAUUUACAGUCCUUUGUUGCCCAACAGCUGAGUUAUAACGGACUGAAGUUAUCAUCAUAGCAGCACGUCUGAACUCUGACGUCUUGAGUUUGCUAUGUGAGGGUUGCUGUACUCUGUAUUUUUACUCAAUAAGGAUUGGAAACCAAGCAGGCUUUGUGUAUUAAUGUGUGGUGCUCAUUAAAUGACACCUGCAACAUGCAGUAGCUCAUCUAUUUGUGUGAACCAUGCGUGUGUGCUGGUAGUUUAGGAUGUCUGUGUGAGAUUUCUGCACUGCAUGGUGAUAGAUUUGAUAUCUUAUUAAGACAAUCAUCCUUCUGUUGGUUGACCUGUGUUUUGUAUCAUGUGGACUGCUGUGUUUUUACUGCCUUGUAUAUUAUCUUGCAGUUUUAAAGAUGAUUUCCUGCGAUUCAC